CUCGCCAUGCAUAGUCCAUCUACUAAUUCAUAUAUAAUAUACUGACUUCUUCCUCGUCGAUCAGUCUUUUUUUGUAUCAUCCCAACCUCACCUCAUCACCUCGACUCUUCCAGCCAUCACCAUGAAGUUCUUCAGCAACGAUCUCAGCCUGGUCUCCACAGGCCUGCUCCUCCUCGCCUCCGUUGGCGAUGUCUCAGCCCAGUGCGCGCUCCCCACCACCUACAGAUGGACCUCAAGCGGUGCUCUCGCCCAGCCCAAGUCCCCCUGGGUCUCCCUCAAGGACUUCACUGUCGCCCCCUACAAUGGCGGCCAGCUUGUCUACGCCACUAAUUAUGGCACCUCUUAUGGAUCCAUGGCUUUCAGCGUCGUCUCCAACAUCAACCAGCUCGGCUCUGCCACACAGACCGGUAUGAGCUCUGCCGCGGUAGCCCCUACUCUGUUCUACUUCCAGCCCAAGAACAUCUGGAUCCUGGCUCACCAGUGGGGUCCCACCAAGUUCUCGUACAGAACCUCCAGCAACCCUGCCAAUGCCAACGGCUGGUCUGCUGCUCAGCCUCUCUUCACCGGCACCAUCGCCAACUCAGACACUGGUCCCAUCGACCAGACCGUCAUUGGCGACAGCAAGAACAUGUACCUGUUCUUCGCCGGUGACAACGGCCGCAUCUACCGCGCCAGCAUGCCCAUUGGCAACUUCCCCGGUAGCUUCGGCUCCGCCUCGCAGAUCGUCAUGCAGGACACCAAGGCGAACCUCUUCGAGGCCGUGCAGGUCUACUCCCUCAAGGGGCUGAACAAGUACCUCAUGAUCGUCGAGGCUAUGGGUAGCAACGGACGAUACUUCCGCUCCUUCACUGCCAACAGCCUCGAUGGCCAGUGGACCGCCAACGCUGCCACAGAGCAGAACCCCUUCGCCGGCAAGGCUAACAGUGGUGCCACCUGGACCAAUGACAUCAGCCACGGAGAGCUCAUCCGAACCAGCGCUGACCAGACCUUCCCCGUCGACCCUUGCAACCUCCAGCUCCUCUACCAGGGCCGCAACCCCAACGUUGGUGGCGACUACAACACUCUUCCUUACCGCCCUGGUCUGCUCACCCUCAAGAAGUAAGCGGAUUCAGAAGAAGUGCUAGCACUGCUUUUCUUUCUUCGGGGGUUUGCACGGACGUGGAUGCUGGACGCCCAGUUUUGCGUUGCAAAUGGGAUUAUCAUGGUGAUUCAUCCAUGACACUCAUUCAUCUGUACAUAGUUAUCUGCUCGUAUAUUAUCAAGUCACAUUCAUUUGAAUGGAACAAUGCACAUAUUGCUCA